GCAGACAAGGUGUCUGUUGUCCGCGAGAUACCUUGGCGACCAUGAGUAUAAGUCAUGGUGAUUGGAAAUGAAAGAUAUUCUUUCAUGCGCACCAACUACAGCUGCAUCGACUGCCUCGUCUUCAGCCAUUCACCCUCCGUGCGCCACCGAAGGCCAGCUGACAUUGUCAGAAAGUCACGACAUGCAACGAGCGAUUUCUAUGGAGUCAGAUCCUCGUUCUUCGUUGGGCGCAGCGUGCAGAGAGGCGGCGGCGGCCAUGGCGGUGCGCUCCUCGCCGGCCGGAGCAGCAUCACCGACAUGGACAUGGCGAUGGAGAGACCUGGUGGCUCAAGUCUGCAGCGUCGUGUACCUGCUGCAGGCCAUAUUCCGGCGGUCGAUGGGACGAGUGCGCCGCCCCGUCUGUCGCCAGAGUCAGGACGUCGACCUUGGAAUAUUAAUAGCCUCGUCCCUGCUCGAGGUGCCUGUGAGCAACACCAAGUUGACGAUACCUUUGGGACUGAAGGUGGUGGGCGAAGUGAUCAAACGCCUCAACUCCAUCACACGACGCAGCGAUGGGACGAUCAAUCGGGCCCUGGCGGAUUUGUUGGAACUUAAAAUUGCGGCAUGCGAGAAGCCGACGAAUGGAGUUUCCACGCGAGACGUGGUGAUUGACGAAGCAACGAAUGUUUGGGUGCGGAUUUUCACACCCGAGAUUGUGCGCCCUGGGAGCAACAGCAGUUCCGAGGAGAAGGUCCCGGUGAUGGUGUACUAUCAUGGAGGUGGAUUCGGUGUUCUGUGCGCCAACAUGUUGUUCUACGACAGGAUCGGACGAACGCUGGCCAAAACGUGCCAGAUGAUUGUCGUGUCCGUGAACUACCGCAGAGCUCCGGAGCACAAAUUCCCCAUAGCUUACGACGAUUCCUUCCAAGCCCUAGAAUGGCUCCGAUCGCCCGCCUCUGCUCGGCACCUGCCCGCGGUGGCAGAUGUGUCGCGCACCUUCCUGUGCGGCGACAGCGCCGGAGGCAACAUCGUCCACUUCAUGGGUUGCAGGGCCGCCGAAAUUGAUCUCAGCCCUGUGCAAAUCCGUGGCUUGAUUCCUCUGCAACCCUAUCUAGGAUCCGAAGCCCGGGUGCCUUCGGAGAUCAAUCUCGUCAAUGUUCCGGUCAUUUCCGUGGACGCCACUGACUGGCACUGGAAAGCCUUCCUUCCCGAGGGCGCCGAUCGCGACCAUCCUGCUUGCAAUGUGUUCGGGCCCAACGCCAAGGACAUAUCUGGCCUCAAUCUGCCUCCCAUGUUCGUGGUGGUGAGCACCCUUGACGUUCUUCUGGAUCAUCAGCUGCACUACGUCGCCAAGAUGCAGGAAUUGGGCAAGGACGUGACCAUGAAAUGCUACGACGGAGGCAUUCAUGGCUUCUAUAUUCUCGAGGGCGUGGGAAUCAAGCUGGCCUUGACCUGUAUCGACGAUAUACACAACUUUGUCCAAUCCUGUCUUCUUACCGUUGCCGCCCAAUGAUUGUCAGUCACAUAAACUCUACACACGGAUGUAAAAAGAGCAGAAUCGAAGAGGCAGCAGACUUAGCAAAUAGGUUAAAUUCUCCCGAGCUCAUGAGGCUCCAGUUGUACAGGAUUAGAAAAUCUGAAAUCCCAUCAUCCCUCACUUCCACCACGGUCGCGGUCGGUAGGAGCUCCACGACGAAACAUUUCGUCUUCGCCUUCGACGGACAAAGUUUCACUACUCAUGCUUCAAUUUGAAAUACAAAAACCCUGUCAAACGCACACAUGGUUCCAUUGUUCCAGA